UGCCUUGAGGUUUAGCAGUUGCUCUUCUUUUUGCGCCAGCUUCAAUUCCUGCUUUUCAAGUUGAGCGUCUUCCCAUCUCUCCACGUAUCCUGCGAUGUGUCAUGUAUGGAUAUUCGUAAUUAUAAAACUGUUCGGUGCAGACGGUGCAGGUGCAGACGGAAGGCAUCUCAGAGCUUGACAAGAUUUUGUACUAGUCUAAUCGCAGUCCUGCAAAACAUUUUUUAACACGUCUGAUCUACCAGAUCACUGCGGAAAUCAUGAAGUUUGUUUCGUUCAAACUGUGCAUUUUCGUUGCAGUGUUGGCAAUCGCCCAAAGUGAUUAUCAUGUUCACAACGAGAUUAAUUGCCGCGAAGGUAGUCGUGGCAUGAAGCAUACCAUUAUGAACAGCAUCUGCAGACCCUACGAACGACACGUUAAUCUGAAACCUAUGCCAGGGUUUCGAUUCAUACCGCCAAUCGUUUCGAUUAAGCGAUGCGACGGGCACUGCCUCGCCGGCUUAUCAUGUGUACCAGUAUCGAAAAGGCUGGUUGACGUUCGUGUUCAAGUGAAACGUUUAAACCAAAUAUAUGGCCAGCCGAUAAUGAUGUGCGGUGUUGUAAAAGUUGAGGAACAUGAAAAGUGCAGAUGUACAUGUCAACGGAAGGCGGAGGAUUGCAACGAUCGGCAAGAUUACAAUGUGGACAGGUGCCGCUGUGAUUGCAAGAAUGGAAGUCAGCAAAAGGAGGAUUGCGAAUAUCAAGUGGGAAAGAUAUGGAACGAAAACGACUGUUCCUGCAAUUGCACCGAACUGGAAAUCCCCUGUACGAAGGGCCAGUACUGGGACAAAAAACAGUGCAAAUGUGUUCAAUGAUGUUAUCGGGUACAAGUUUCCCAGUGA